AUGGCUUCAGAGACGAAGCCUCUCCUCGCAGAGGAACCCUCCAUCCCGCCCGGUACCUCUUACUUCGCCCAUCUCUCUCUCUCUCUCUCGUUCUCUGCCUCACAAAGACUGACCACGGCCACCGCAGCGCCCUCGUCCGUACCCGGAUCCGCGUCCUCGUCCACACCCGCCCGCCGCCUCCCACAGGCGAUAGCCCACCGCGGCUUCAAGGCCCUCUACCCCGAAAACACCCUCCUCGCCUUCCGCGGCGCCCUCGACGCCGGUGCGCACGCCCUCGAGACGGACCUGCACCUGACGCGCGACGGCGUCGUCGUGCUCUCGCACGACGGGAACCUGAAGCGCUGCUUCGGCGUCGACAGGAGGAUCAGCGAGUGCGAUUGGGACUACCUGCGGACGCUGCGCACUGUGCAGGAGCCCGGGGAGGGGAUGCCGCGGCUGGAGGACCUGCUGGCGUUCCUGGCGAAGGGGGGCGCAGGCAGAGAGCGGGUUUGGGUCUUGUUGGACAUCAAGACCGACGAUCCGCCGGUAGAACUGCUCGAACGGGUGGCCGAGGUCCUGGUCUCGACGCCGGGCCCCGUACCAUGGGAGGAGAGGAUCGUUCUCGGCUGCUGGAACCAACCCUACAUUACCCACGUCCGCUCCAUCCUGCCCACCUACCCCGUCACCCUCAUCUCCUGGUCCCCGUUCUAUGCGCGCGGAUUCCUCUCCCCCGCCGAGCCGAACCUGUCCUUCAACAUGUUCCAAAAGUCGCUCGUCGGGCCCGCGGGCAAGCUCUUCAUCCGCGACGUCCGGAAGGCCGGCAGGCGGCUGUUCGUCUGGACCGUCAACGACGAGGAGUGGAUGGAGUGGAGCAUCCGUGCCGGCGCGGACGGCGUCAUCACCGAUGACCCGGAGCUGUUCCUCGAGGUGUGUCGACGGUGGGAGGGCAGAGAGACCGCUGCUGCUGCUGCUGGACACAGAUCUGGCUCCGUUGUCGGCGACGUGGCGGCGGGGGAGGAGUCCGACGACACAAAGGCCGCGAGGAGGGCGGGCCGCGUCCGCGACGGCACCUGGAGGCGGACGCUGAGGCUGUAUCUCGAGAUCGUGGGUGUACAGGUCCUCGUGGCAGUCUUCACGCCGGUGCUGAUGCUCGUCGCGCGGUUCGGCGUCGUCGCGCCGGGGCCGAGCACGACUAAGGCGUUGAGGUUGUGA